AUGACUAUCACCGUCACACCGGUCAAGGCUCUCAAACCACCGAAUUCCAACUCUGCCGACAAUGUUCCAAGACCCCUGACGAAAGAAGAGCUCUGGUCGGCAUGGGAACUCUGCCCUUUCCCACCAUAUCUUCAAGUGGCCGAGGACGACUUUGAUAUCCCCACUAGAUACCCAUCCCUCCGACUCACGUAUGAACUCGUACCCCCCGCCAUCGCUGCUGAGAACCAUGCCAUCCGCCUGUUCCAGGUCCACAUCCGCGACCAAAUCCUACGCUUCUGCACUCCCAAUGCUGAUCUUGGAGAGUGGUUAAGGUCCUUUCUGUCUUGGAGAAACGGGAGAGAAGGGAGAAGAAGGCCACGGGAGGAUUCGUUAGGGCUGUCGAUGGCUGAGGAUCAUUGGGUGCAAGGGGCAGUUUCAGCAUUUCGUUCGGGUGACUAUAAAACAGCCUUAUGGAAAUACGCUACCAAAUGGUCCUACAUCCUUCCAUUCCAUACCGACGCUUUCCCCUCGGGUCAUCCCCUGGGGCAGAAGAUCGGCGAAUUCGAAUCGUCUUUGUUCAACCACCUAAGCGCAUGUUUCUUCCAACUAUCGCAAGACGGGGAUGAAGGCGAAGAAGAUGAGAUCCUCCGCUAUUUUGUCGACAUGUCUGUCAAAUGCGCGUGGGUGACCAUUCACCAUCGUCAGUUUGCAACCGUGCGUUCAGUGUAUGAAGCUACUCGAAGGAUAGCCGAUCUCUUCAACCAGCAUUUCCACGACCAAGAUUUCUCGUCCUCGUCCUCUUCUUCCUCAAUUGGCGAAAACGACUCGUCAAUAGACAACGACUUUUAUGUCCAAGCUCUUGCCCUAGAAGACGUCGACAAAGAUAUCAUAUUAGGCAACCUGGGAGAUGAGAAGAAGACCGUGCUCGGGAGUCUGGGUCCGGUGCACUGGGAGAGUUCUCGUGGGGAGGCUGGGGAUUUUCUCGAAAUGUUUCCACACUGGGAUCGGAAUCAGAGUGGAAAAGAGGACGCAAGAAUGGUACCCGAGAGCCUUUCGCACGAUGGCCUUUGGUCAGCUUGGGCUCUUACCCCAAGCCUUGCGGACAAUGACAAUGCCGCGAUUAUCUGUACUGCACAACUUCACCUAAUGGAAGUCCUCUACAUCGCAUCUCAUACGUCUCACCACGGCCCAGAUUUCCAAACAUGGCUUGAAAAGCUCAAAGUCGUCGAUACAGCGAGUGUCUCAUUAGCAGAGCGUGUCGACCGAGCAGAUCGGAGAAGGGUUGCUGCCAUGAAGCAAGUCUCCUCUUCCUCUCUCCCUCAUACCACCAACGCUGAUCAUCGGAACUUCAGCUGUAUAAACACAGGCGAUCACCAAACAGCACUAGCAGAGUAUGCAGAAGGCCUAGGGGAAUUGCUGCCGUUCCAUUUGAACGUCCUCACGCAAGAGCAAGUGGAUGGAACGUACUUUGGCUGGAUACAAGCAACAUUGUGGAACGGCAUUUGCACCAUCUGUCUUGCUCUGUCCGAAUCCCCGAGCGGAGUGGCAAAAGAAAAGCUUUGGAAAAGGCUGGCAUUCAUGAGUGGAUCGUUUGCUUGGGGGUGGAAAGAAAAUACCACAUUACCUGUAGUCAUGUCCAUCUGCAAGAACUUGCUUUCAACCCUUCCUAGACAGACCGACGUUCCAUCCUCCCUAGACCCUCCUCUCCUUCAUCUCAAAUCCACUUUUGAAAGGCAGGUGGAACAACAGUGUGAGAUGGUGAAGAAAGGGGAGAAACGGCAACCCGAGCAGUACAAGAUUACUAGCACGGAUGGACAGUUUUUGGCCGAUUAUGGUGCGCUGGGACCGGGAUCUUGGAUAGAUGAGUUGAGGGGUAUGAAAGGGAAAGUGUUCCUACAGUAA